GGUGCGCGGCGGUGACGGGUUAUAAACAAGCCCGCCCUGGUGCUCGGAGCUCCCUCCUCACCAGGCUGCACCACAGAGAACAUGGGCGGCCAAGUAACUCUGUCAGUGGUGGUGGUGGUGGUGUUGCUGUCGUCGCUACUGGGGACAUCGGCGAUGGCUAAAAGAACUCCCUGGCUAACACCGAAAGGCACCCAGCUAUCAAGAGCAGCCAUGUUGCGGGAACGUCUGCAUCACCCUGUUGUGGGACCUGAGGACAACCUGCCGACGGAGCGAGGUGCUGCAGCGGCGUCUGCAGUGUGCCUGGAGUGUCAGCUGGCGGUAGUGGUGCUGCAAGAGGAGCUAGCGGCAGGGAUGAACGUGACGGGCUUAGUGGUGGAGGGCAUCGCGAUGUGCUCUACGGCCCUUGGUUACACUCUUGUCUUCUGUGAGGGUUUCGUUCCUAUGAUUAUGCCGAUUAUCCAUCACAUCCUGACGACGACUACGGUGACGCCCAAAGAUGCCUGCGGAGAACUGUUCACUUACAUGGGCUGCACCACCGACGACCCGAAGAGGGAGUGGUCAGUCGCUAUUCAGGGAGAGAAGCCUGCGGUGGUUCCCGUCACUCCUCCCGAGCCUGACGCUCCCCGGAUGAAAGUUCUGCACCUGGCUGACAUACACAUGGAUCCUUACUACCGCCCUGGCACUAACGCCGCCUGCCCCGAUGACUUGUGCUGCAGGGAGGAGUCAGGAGUAGCUGAGACCCCCGAAGCGGAAGCAUGGUAUUGGGGCGACUACAGGCACUGCGGCACUCCCCCUUAUAUGCUGGAAGAUCUGUUUAUCCACGCCUCCACCACGCACCCGGACAUAGACUACAUAGUGUGGACAGGCGAUGCAGUGCCGCAUAACGAAUGGUCCACCUCACCAGAGUACAACAUAGAGAUCGUGCGUGAAGUAAACAACAUGAUCCAGAAAUACUUCCCCAAUGCUCCAGUGUUCCCCGUCGUUGGCAAUCACGAGAUGAGUCCGCUUGACCAAUAUCCCGAGCCAGGCAGCGUACCCGAGCAAUUCGCCGCUGACUGGCUAUACGAGGGGUUGGCGAGUCAAUGGAGCAGCCUCGUGCCGGACCUCGAUCUCACCACCGUCAAGCACGCCGCCUACUACUCCGUGCUGCUGCGGCCAGGCUUCAGAAUUAUAUCUUUCAACUCCAUGUUUGGCUACUCUAGCAAUAUGUGGCUGGUGGCAAACUCCAAGGACCCAGCCUCUGAGUUAGCGUGGCUGGAAGGGGAGCUGAACAAGGCAGAGGCGGCAGGAGAGCUUGUGCAUCUUCUCGGCCACGUGCCUCCAGGUAUCCUAGUGGCGGAGCGAACCUGGUCCCGCGAGUACAACAGGAUCAUCGUCAGGUACGAAAACAUCAUCCGCGGACAGUUCUUCGGCCACACCCACUAUGACGAGUUCGAGGUGUUUCAUGACGGCGAGAGACCGAUAAGUGUGGCUUACAUCGCCCCCAGCCAGACCCCGUGGUUCGACCUUAACCCGGCCUACCGCAUCUACCAUAUUGACGGAGAUCGACCCGACUCGACCAGGACUGUUCUUGACCACGAGACUUAUGUGAUGAACCUGACCGAAGCACACGAGACGGAGACUGCCCGUUGGUACCAACUGUAUAGCGCCCGCGAGCUGUACGGGAUGGAAAGCCUCGCGCCACAAGAAUGGCAGAGUCUGGUCGAGAGGAUGGCAGUGGACCGCGACCUCUUCAACCUCUACAUUGAGAACUUCGUGAGCGGCGGUGACCCGUACCUGGAGUUGGGCUGUGACGACCUUUGUUACGAGCAGCGGCUGUGCGAUAUGGUCACCUCCAACAGGAACAACCUCGACCACUGCAGCGCCAUCCUGAAGCGCAAGAGGCGAUCCUGAGAGGUUUCACGGGAUGCUUUAUGGAGAUAUGGAACGGGUGUCGAGAAAAUCUUAUGAUAUACAUGAAUCAUUUGAAAUCGCGCGGAAAUAUAUAUCUACUCUUCUAAUCUGAAAAAAAAAGACUUCUCCGAUACUUCCGUGGUAGUGCUAUCGUCUGAUCGAGUUGUGCUAGUGCGGUGAGUGUGUUGAAUAUUUUAACGGAAGACAGACAGCCUACUGGUACUUACUGAAGUGUUCCUAAUGAGUUAUACUAUCUAGUACGAAGUUGGAGACGUUAGAUUUUAAAGAUGAAAGAUAAAUUCCAUCAGAGGUUCAGAAUAUUCAUAGCUUUACUCCAAAUAACAAUAUGUAGUAGUGUAAAUCUUUCUUUGUCUUAAUAAAACAUAAGUAAUAAAGA